UGUUACGCAAAGGCAGCGGCUCAUAAGGCAUUGAAGUGUUGUAAGGGCAAAAUUGUAUUUUGCUUGCAUUUGUUGUCGUAUCCGUUUGCCAUUUGGAUUUGGAAUUCAAGCUUUUUCAUCAGGAAUUGUUUCAGAGCUUUCGGAAGAGGUGACCUGGUGUGUCACGCAAUCCAACGCUAGGAUGUUUGCUAAGCCUUUCCGUGUGAAAUCCAACACAGUGAUUAAAGGAUCUGACAGGAGGAAGCUAAGGGCGGAGAUUUCUAACACCUACCCAACACUGUCCGCGGAAGAUCUGUCCGAGCUGGUCCCAAACAAGGAAGAACUGAAUGUGCUUAAGGUGUAUGCACACAAAGGAGAUGCUGUCACAAUAUACGUCCUGCACAGAAACCCCAUAUUCUUUGAACUGGAGAAGUAUAUUUAUCCCACAGUCUAUACUCUUUGGCGCUAUCCUGACAUCCUGCCGGCUUUCAUGACCUGGCCUGCGGUGCUUCAGAAACUAGCAGGAGGGGCAGAUCUCAUGUUGCCUGGUGUGGUGGUGCCCCCAGAGGGACUCCCAGAUGUGAACCAGGGUGACCGCUGUGCCGUAACUGUGGUGAAAAACAGGGCCCCAGUUGCCGUGGGCACCGCCGCCGUUUCCACCUCGGAGAUGUUGGGCUUGGCCAUGAAGGGGAGAGGGGUGUCCAUUCUGCACGCCUACAUGGACAGUCUGUGGGCAUUUGGUGACAAGACAGGACCACCGACUAUUCUGCCCCUGCAUAACAUGGAGUUUGCAGAGGAAGAGUGCACGAGCGGGGGAGAGAUUGAAGAGGAAGCUUCUGCCAGUCAAGACGGGGAUCCAGAAACGGACCCUCCCAGUGACGGUCUGAAAGAGCUCAGUCUUAGUCAGGAAGAAUCAGAGGGGGGGCAGGAGCAGGUGGACGAAGAGGAACAUUUAGAAGACAACAGAACUCCACAGGGUGACUGUGCACCCUCACCACAUGAGCAGAUGGAUGCCCUGCUCGUUCGCUGCUUCCUCCACGCCCUCAAGAGUAAGGUGAAGAAAUCUGAGCUCCCGCUGUUAACCAGCACUUUCCUGCGGAACCACAUGUUCUCCUGCUGUCCUAGUGGGAAGCAGCUAGACAUCAAGAAAUCAAGCUACAAAAAGCUCUCCAAGUUCCUGCAGUCGAUGCAGCAACAGCACCAUGUCGUCCAGGUGAAGGAGCUCAGCAAAGGUGUGGAGAGCAUAGUUGAAGUGGACUGGAAGCAUCCCGAGCUGCGCUCUUUCUGCCCGCCCGAGGAGGGCAUGUCAGAGGACGUUCCCACACAGGAUGCCGGACACUCCGACAUGCCGUAUCACCCUCCCGAGAUCACCCUGCUCUACACUGUGACUGCCCGUCUGGAGCCCCUCUUCCAUGGCUCCCAGAAGAAGAAGGGUGCAGUACUCUCCCCAGGAGAAGUGAGGACCGUUGUGACAGAAUAUGUGAAGAAGAACGAGCUAGUAGAUGAAGAAAACAAGAACUACGUCAACAUCAACCCCACACUCUGCGACUGCUUGCUGGACAAGUUCGAGUACCAGGAGGUGGGGCGACUCAAGUGGGAUGAUCUCUUCUCCAGAACAAUGGAUCGAAUGCAGCAGUGUUACCAGCUGCAGUUCCCAGGUCGGGAACCCGUCAUCAGAAAGGGCCAAAUUGAGCCCAUCGAUAUUUCAGUAGCUUCUAGGGGAUCCAACAAGAAGGUGACAUUGAUGAAGAACCUGGAACUGUACGGAAUUGAUCCGGCAACAGUGGCCGCAGCCUUGCAGCACCGCGUCCAGGCUAGCUCGCUCCUCAGCCCGGUACCGGGUUCCAAAGACAAGGUGUUGGUUCAAAUCCAGGGCAACCAAGUUCAGCACGUCGGAAGCCUGUUGCUAGAUCACUACCAAAUUCCACGUAAAUAUAUCCAAGGACUAGAGAAAGCGCAGAAACCUGGCAAGAAGAAAUAAAUCAUCUGAUCUUAUUUCAUCAAAGACUUGUGAAUGCGAAUUGAUCGUGACCACUGCUGUAGAAAAUAAAGUGUAUUUCAUUUUUGCAAA